AUGUCUGAUAACUAUGUCGUUAUUGAUCCCACAGCACUUUCUGUAAGUGAAUUAACAGAAUCCAUAUAUUCCGAUGAGAUUUAUCAAUCAUUUUUUCAAACUCAUACAUGUUACGAUGUAAUGCCAAAAUCUGGGAAAGUGCUACUGUUAGAUGCAGGAUUAUCGAUUCGUAAAGCAUUCUUUGCCUUGGUUUACAAUAAUGUUCGAGCUGCUCUUGUUUGGCAUGCAGCAACAUCAUCAACAAUUGGCUUAUUAACUAUUUCAGAUUUUAUUGCUCUUUUGAUUAAAUUUUAUGAUGCUAAAUGUGUGAGUAAGAAAAGUAUGGAAACAUUAGAAACACUUUCAAUAUUACAAUGGAGAGAAGAAUUACAACAGGGUCAAUCGUCAACAAAAAUCAUACAUUUAAGUCCAGAUGAUAGUAUAUACAAAGCCAUAUUAACAAUAAUUAAUCGUAAAGUACAUCGGAUACCCAUUAUUGAUCCUGUUACAAAAGAUUAUUGCUGUUUGAUUACACAUAAACGAAUAUUGAAGUUUUUAUAUUUAUACAUCUACGAUCUUCCUCAACCAACAUUUAUUCAUAAAACAUUAGAUGAAUUGAAGAUUGGUCUAUAUGAUGAUCUUAUUAUGUUUGAAUCAUAUGCUGGUCAUUAA